AUGACAAUCUAUCACGAGAGCAAACUGCGCGUCACAGGCAAAUUUUCUUUUUUACUCCGGAAAUUCAAACGGAAGCACUCAUUUCUUUCUUUCAGUUUCUCAAACAAAUUAUCAAUCGUUGCUUUUUUCUUUUCAAACAAAUUAUCACUCCUUCCUUUUCCCUUAACAAACAAAUUAUCACUCCUUUCUUUCCCCUUGUUAAAAACUAUCACUCUUUCCUUUUCCAUUACUAAACAAAUUUUCACUCAUUCCAUUUUUCUUGUAAAAACAAAAUGCCUGACCGAAGCAGUCACUCUUUCCUUUCAGUUUGUCAAACAAAUUAUCACUCGUUGCUUUUCCAUUCACAAACAAAUUAUCACUCUUACUUUUCUCUUGUCAAACAAAUUAUCACUCCUUUCUUUUCAAUUGCCAAACAAAUUAUCACUCAUUCUAUUUUUCUUGUUAAAAAAUAUGCCUGACCAAAGCACUCACUCCUUCCUUUGA